AUGUCUAUAUUCACAGAAACAACUGCAGAACUUGCUGCCUGCCUCUCCGAGGCGACAAUCUGCUCCGGUGACAACUGCCUUGUCCCAACAAAUAACUUUCAUUCAACAUUGAGUCUGGCGUUGAGCAUUGUGGUCACCGUCAUGCUGGCAAUAAUCAUGUUCAGCAAGGGCUGCGCCGUGGAGGCCCCAAAACUUUGGAGGCACUUGAGGAGACCCUGGUGCAUUGUUAUCGGUUUCCUCUUUCAAUUUGGCAUCAUGCCUUUCACUGCAUUUGCUUUAUCGCUUGCCUUCAAUGUGCGACCACUUGAGGCCAUUGUCAUCAUUAUUCUGGGUUGCUGCCCUGGAGGCUCCAUUUCCAAUAUUAUCAGCCUUUACCUGGAUGGCGAUAUGGACUUAAGUAUCAGUAUGACAACCUGCUCCACCAUCUUGUCCUUGGGGAUGAUGCCACUAUGUCUGCUUGUAUACACCUCCACCUGGACUACUUCAGGCAACAUCCAAAUCCCAUACGAUACAAUUGGUCUCACUGUUGCAGCCAUCGUCGUCCCAAUCACUGGAGGAAUAUAUAUUAAACAUAAGUGGCCCCACAUGGCUCAAAUGAUCCUAAAGGUUGGGGCCGUCACAGGCUUUAGCUUCCUUGUCAUCGUAUCUGUGAUUGGGGCAGUUCUUUACGAGCAUUCUUGGAUCUUUAACCCUUCCCUUUGGAUCAUCGGGGCUAUCUACCCCUUUAUUGGUUUUGGGAUGGGUUUCCUUCUGGCCCGAUUUGUGGGUCAACCAUGGUACAGGUGCCGGACAAUUGGUGUGGAGACUGGCUUCCAAAACUCCCAGUUGUGCAACACCAUCAUCCAGCUGUCCUUCAGCCCCGCUGAACUGGAGAUCAUAUUUGCCUUUCCCGUUCUCUAUAGCAUCUUUCAGCUGUUGUGGUCUUUCCUGAUUGUUACGGGAUACCAAGCCUAUAAAAAGUCCCGUGGCCUUGGAUCAAUUCAAAUAAAUUGUGAACUUCCAUCACUGGAGGAUGGCUCUGUAAAAGAAGCAAAAAAGACACAAUAUGAUGUGGACAACAAUGCCUUUGAAUUGAACAAAGACGAAACGGCACUUUGACAAGAACAACACCCAGCUUUGAGCUUAUGGCUCUGCUGAUUUACCAAAAUGGCCUCCACAAGCAGGCCAACACUGUUGACAGCUCCAUAGUGUAAACACACAACACACUCUGCAGACUGGGCACUGUGUGCAACUGAUUUACUGUAUUUGAAAUGUUUCAGACAUAUAGC